CGACCCCUUACCCAACGACAAAGAAGCCUUUCGAUCCUGCGAAUCUGCUUGCAACCACGAGGCGAAAAGACACUGACCCACGACGACUGCAUCAAUACGAGCUCGUAUUUCGCUUUUUCCUCUCUAAAAUAUAAACGGAAGGGAGAAAAAGAAGUUGCAAUCCCAAGCGCUGCCGUCCACCAGCGGCCUAACAAUUCGCUGCAUUCAAGAUGGCGGCCAGUAGCCCAAAGAUCGCAACGGGGCCGACGCUGCUCGGCAUGCCCUUGAAGCAAGCGUCUUUGCUCACGUUAAUGUUGCAGAACUCGGCCCUGAUUCUGGUUAUGCACUACUCGCGGGUCAUGAACCCACCGGGUGACCAUCGAUACUUCACCUCGACCGCCGUCCUGCUCAACGAGAUCAUCAAACUCGCCAUAUCUCUCAGCUUCUCGAUUCACGAGGUCUCCCGGAGUCUAGCACCGCAGACGCCCGUGACCGUGCUGCUGGAACAAAUAUACAAUCAGGUCUUCUCUGGGGACGGGUGGAAGCUGGCGAUUCCCGCGGUCCUGUAUACAUUGGAGAAUACGCUGCAGUACGUGGCGCUGAGCAAUCUGGACCCGGUGCACUUCCAGCUUCUCUACCAGCUAAAGAUCAUCACCACCGCGAUCUUUAUGGUUGUUCUUCUCGGCCGCUCUCUCGGAGUCCGACGCUGGCUCUCUCUCGUUGUGCUCACGGUCGGAGUCGCAAUUGUCUCCCUUCCUUCGUCAAACGCCAAGGAUAUGACCUUGGACAUCCACGACUUCAGUGACCACUUCUUUCCCCGAUCUGUACACGAGCUGGGACAGUUCGCCGGAGGCGUGGCCGAGGCAGCCAGGGAACUCACCAAGCGGGGCGUUGUCGGGCUGACAAACGGGCUCAGCAAGCGGUCGGCGACGUACGAGGGUAUCGCAGAUGACCUCGACAACUCGCCCAAGAUGAACUACUCGGCUGGCCUGACCGCUGUUCUGGUCGCCGCCGUCAUUUCCGGCUUGACCGGGGUCUACUUUGAGAAGAUAUUGAAGGAGUCGACAACCCCGGCUUCCGUCUGGACAAGGAACAUCCAGCUGUCGUUCUACUCCAUCUUUCCUGCCUUCCUCAUCGGCGUCGUCGUCAACGACGGCGAGGAGAUUGCGAAGCACGGCUUCUUCGACGGGUACAACAGCGUCGUGUGGACCUCCAUCGUCUUGCAAGCCAUUGGCGGCAUCUUGGCCUCCUUCUGCAUCAACUACGCCGACAACAUCGCCAAGAACUUUGCCACGAGCAUCAGCAUUGUUGUCAGCUUCCUUUUCAGCGUCUUCUUCUUUGACUUCCAAGUCACUAUUUCGUUCCUAUUCGGCACCGUUCUUGUCCUGGGCGCCACAUACAUGUACAGCCUGCCCGAACGGAAACGCGCCCGCCCACCGCCCAUCACCAUCGCCAGCUACGAGAAGACCACCAUCGAGGGCACGCCGCGCUACAUCGACCAGGAUCGGUUGACCGUCAACCCGCUAGACUCGGCCGCGGCCCGUACCGGCAACGGCGGCGGCGGCUCUCUGGGCCUGUCGUCCUCGCGACCGGCCUCGCCGCUCUUCUUCCACGAGCGAGCGCCUUCCGCUAGGGGGAGGAGGGCCGAUGAUUGAGAUGGCUUGAGGGGGAUGGGGGUUGGUUGGGGGAUUUCUGUUCAAUCAUGCCUAGCUGAUGUUAUGAGCUAUGAACGACUCUCUACCCUUGGAUGGCUGCGCUGGGGACGAUGAUGAGAG